CAGCCACAAAUUUCUUUUAAAUAUCAAUCCCUUCAUCCCCCCUUCCUAUCAUCCAGUAACUUAGUGAGAAGUGCUCUUCCUUCCAUCGCUCUUCCCCUUUUCUGAAAUGCUUCCAAGAACCAGCAGCAUCUUUCACUUUGAGGAGGAGGAAGGGCAAGGAGAAGGGGAAGGGAAAAUAGAAAAUGAAGUCAUUAAUGGAGGAACUCUCUCAAGAAAAACUGCUGGUAAAGGCCUGGUUGGCCUGCAGAUCCUCAUAUCAAAGCAUGAGCAUGAAGCUAAUAAUAAUGUUGUGAUCAAGUCAUCCAUGAAGUUCUGCAGAAAACCAGAAGAUUUCCUCAAGUUCUGCCAUUUGUGCAGCAAGGAGCUCAGCCUUCAACAAGAGGUUUACAUGUAUAGGGGUGACCAAGGAUUUUGUAGUGUGGAGUGCCGGAAUAGGCAAAUUUUGGAAGAUGAGAGAAUUGAAUUCAAUGCAUCAACAAGAUCACGGUUUAGGGUGCCUAAUGGUCAUCACAUGGGAUCCAAAAUUCAGGACUCUGGUGGGAGGACAAAGAUCACUGCAUCUGCUUGAAUAAAUCUGAUGGGCUUUGUUUUUUCAUCUGGUGAAGCCUUUGAAAGGUAUUAUGUAACUUGAGCUUUUGCUGAAGGAUGUGCUAGAGUAUAUAUGGAGUAGUAUGGAGUUUUCAUGAAUUAUGGCUUAAAAAGAGUUAUAAAUGGAUAUUUCUUAUUCAUAUGUUUUUAUGUAGUUGUUACCCCCUUUCUCUAAAGAGUUGAA